GUGCAAAAGAUAACUGGCUCGACGACCCGACGCGACGCCGAGAUAUCGGCGCCUGCGCCCCCUCGCAGCUCUUUACCAGUCAGUAGCCACCAGACCACCGCGCAGUACACACCACCACAAACCACACGAACAAUUCGUAAUUGAAAAUGGGUUUGGAUAUCAAGUCAGUGCUGGUGGUGGACGGCGUGGGAGCCAACUGUGCCGAGAUCCUCAACUCUCACGGCAUCAAGGUCGUCACCAAGGCGAAAAUCACCAAAGAAGAGCUACUCAAGGAGAUUCCAAAUCACGAAGGUUUGGUGGUAAGGUCUGCGACGACGGUGACCAAGGAGGUGCUUGAUGCAGGCAAGAAGCUGAAGGUGGUAGGCAGGGCCGGAGCUGGCGUGGACAACAUCGACGUAGCCGCUGCCGGUAGCAAGGGCAUCGGGGUUAUCAAUGCACCUGGAGCCAACGCGUUGAGUGCGUGUGAGUUGACGUGCGGGCUGAUGCUGGCGCUGUCGCGUCACGUGGUCCCGGCGGCUGCGGCCCUGCGGGCGGGGCGCUGGGAGCGCACGCAGCACACGGGUUCCGAACUGGCCGGCAAAACACUCGGGGUGCUCGGCCUUGGCAGGGUCGGCAGAGAAGUCGCCACACGCAUGCACGCUUUCGGAAUGACGAUCGUCGGCUUCGACCCGUUCGUGUCGGCCGAGCAGUGCAAGGAGUUCCACACCACAAAGAUGGAGCUCGACCAGAUCUGGCCCGUGGUGGACUACAUCACCCUCCACACUCCACUCAUCGACUCCACUAGAAACUUCAUCAAUGCCAAAACGCUGAAACAGUGCAAGAAGGGCGUGAAGAUCAUUAAUGUGGGCAGGGGAGGAUUAAUCCAAGAGAAAGACUUACUCGACGCCCUACAAUCCGGACAGGUUGGUGGUGCGGCGCUGGAUGUGUUUGAACAGGAGCCUCCCACAGACCCCCUGACCCUGGAGGUCAUCCAGCACCCAGCCGUCAUCGCCACUCCGCAUUUAGGUGCAUCAACAAAGGAGGCGCAAGUGCGAGUAGGACAGGAGAUCGCCGAGCAGUUUGUCAACCUGGUGAAGCCUGGCACGUACCCCACCCCGCUCGCGGAGGUCACCCGUGUACUCAACAAGUGAAUACUAUCUCAUAAUCACACCAUGUAGGCGACACAUACGCCUAUUGACUAUUCUACCGUACGUCCUGAAGUUAUAAUGCCGUGAACCAACAAGUCAUUCAAACUUUUUCACUCCACAGAUCCAAAAAAAUAUAUAAGUACUUAUCUGAUUUUUUUUUAUAUCACUGCAUUAUAUCUUGAGGACGACAGUAUUACAUCUACGCAUUUAUAAGUUUGUUAUAUUCGUAUUAUGCUACUAAAUAAAUUAAUGUUAAAAUUAAUAACAUUUUUAUUCCUUAACGUAGCUGGGUGUAUAUAUUGUACACAAAGUUAAAGUCAAUGUAUCGUCUGUCUACCCCUGCGGGGAUACAGACGUGAUGCAAUGUUACGUGUUCAUUAAUAAAUUAAGCACCUUUCCAACAUAA